AUGAUGGGCAGAUUCAGGCGCUUUCUGGAUGAUAUGGAGGUAAAGGAGAUUCCCCUGCUUGGUCGAAAAUAUACAUGGUCAAAUGAGAGGCAAUCACCUACCUUGGUCAGGCUAGACAGAGCUUUCUGUUGUGUAGAAUGGGACGGUAUCUUUCCUGAAUCUAUUUUGCAAAGUACGACAGCAGGAGUAUCUGAUCAUUGUCCACUCAUCCUUGGCCUCAAAGUACACACUGGUGGCAAACGGCGGUUUCAUUUUGAAAGCUUCUGGACCAAGGUGCCUGGCUUUCAAGAAGCCGUUAAACAGAACUGGGAGGCUCCUGUGCAGUCAAAUUGUGCAGUUGAGCGCCUAUUUCUGAAGUUACAAAGGCUUAGCAAAGGGCUACAAAAAUGGGGACAGAGGAAGGUGGGAAACAUCAAACUCCAACUAAAAAUGGCCAAGGAAAUCCUCCAUCGCCUAGAAAUUGAACGAGAUUCUAGGGAGUUAACUGGAAACGAGGAGUGGUUGCGGAAAAAGCUAAAGCUCCACUGUCUUGGUCUGGCUUCCCUAGAAAGAACAAUUGCUCGGUUGCGAUCUCGAAUUUUAUAUCUCAAAGAAGGGGAUGCCAAUACAUCUUUUUUCCAUCAGCAAGCAAGGUUCAGGAAAAAGAAGAAUUUUAUCCCCAAACUGAAGGUUGGUGAGGAGAUAGCAGUAUCACAGGAGGAUAAACAGGCUGCCGUCUUUAAUUUCUAUGAAAAUCUUCUAGGAAAAGCGGAAGAUAGAGAUUACACUAUUGACUUGGAUGACAUUUAA